GAAGGGUGUUUUCCUGGAUAUGCAGUACAGCAGCCUUAUUAUCCGCGGACUGUGUCAGCAAGUCGCGAGCGAGUCCAUGCCGAUGCGGCUGAUUUUAAUGUAGGCAAUGACGACUAUCCACCGCCGCAACGUGUCGCAGCACCAUCGAACACAGAUGCAAGCUUGGAUGUGGUGCAGAGAGCCUCAGACUUAAACUGUCAUGAUUUCGAUAGCAAUUGCCGAUGGUCAAACACAAAUGAAGAUGAAAUGGACUGGGCAGUUUUGAUGUCUACACCGGAUGCUGAACCUUGGCUCAGUACACUCCAAACAACUUCUCUUCCAGGUCAUUUCACAUGUCUUCAGUCCACUACCGCUCUAAAUUCGUUAGCAAGUGCACGUUUGAGAUGGCAGUUCCUAAGCUGA